CGCUUCUAGCGUGUGUUGUUUUGUUUUGUUUUUCUAAGGGUGGGAUGUUUCGUGGGCAUCUCCGGCAGACACAGACACUUCCUGAAACACGGCGGUCACAUCAAGUCUGCUCUGUCCCAGAGCUUUAAUGGAAACACAGUUUGAAUGGGAAAUGGUCCCAUCUGGGCUAAACGCAGCAGAUGUGCAAUAACGCAAGGGCCGGUAAUGACCUAAUCUCAGUCUCGUGAUACCUGCGCAGGUGGACUGACCUCUGCUGACCUCUGCUGACCCUCACACCUGUCCGUCAAGAUCGUCAAAUCUGCAGCUAAAGUCAUGGACAAUUCAAAUGACCUCAAGAAGGCGGAGCCCAGAGUCAACGAGAAGAAAUGCUCAUGGGCGUCAUACAUGACUAACUCCCCUACUGUCAUCGUACUGAUCGGCCUUCCCGCCAGAGGAAAGACAUACAUAUCCAAGAAGCUGACGCGAUACCUCAACUGGAUCGGGGUUCCCACGAAAGUUUUUAACCUGGGCGUUUAUAGACGGGAGGCGGUACAGUCGUACAAGUCUUACGACUUCUUCCGUCACGACAAUAAAGAGGCCAUGAAAAUCAGGAAACAGUGUGCCAUCGUGGCUCUAGAGGAUGUGAAAUCUUAUCUGAAUGAGGAGGGAGGGCAGAUCGCUGUUUUUGAUGCUACAAACACAACCAGAGAGAGAAGGAGCCUCAUCCUGAGUUUUGUGAAGGAAAGUGCAUAUAAGGUGUUUUUUGUCGAGUCGCUGUGUGACGACCCAGAAGUCAUUGCUGCCAGCAUACUGGAUGUGAAGGUUUCCAGCCCUGAUUAUCCUGAGAGAGACCGAGAGAGCGUGAUGGAGGAUUUCCUGAAGAGAAUCGAGUGCUAUAAAGUCACAUAUCAGCCGUUAGACCCGGACGACCAUGACAAGUAUGACUUUAUUUUUUCUAAAGCCCUGCGUGGGUUCCUGGAAAACCAGAAGAUUCCAGACCUGAAGGUGUGGACCAGUCAGCUCAGACGCACCAUCCAGACGGCCGAGGAGCUGGGCGUCCCGUACGAGCAGUGGAAAAUCCUCAACGAGAUCGACGCCGGCAUCUGUGAGGAAAUGACAUAUGAAAAGAUAAAAGAAACAUACCCAGAUGAAUAUUCUCUCAGAGACCAGGACAAAUACCACUACAGAUACCCAGGAGGAGAGUCCUAUCAGGAUCUGGUGCAGCGGCUGGAGCCAGUAAUCAUGGAGCUGGAGAGACAAGGCAACGUGCUGGUCAUCUGCCACCAGGCCGUCAUGCGCUGCCUCCUCGCCUACUUCCUGGACAAGAGUGCUGAUGAUUUGCCGUAUCUGAAGUGUCCCCUUCAUGUGGUCCUCAAACUCACCCCAGUGGCUUAUGGCUGUAAAGUUGACAUAUUUGACCUGAAAGUAGAAGCUGUGAACACACACCGGGACAGACCACUCAACGCUAAAGGCUGGCAGAGUGGUCUGUUUUUGCAGUGCAAGUCUGGAGGUGGGAGUUUGCCUGAAAAACACAAACCACAGGGAAGCUCCAGACAGGAAGUGCCGCCCACUCUGCUGAGGAGGAACAGCUUUACGCCACUGUCUAGUGAGGAUCAAGUCAAGCGGCCCCGCCUCUUCAGCGUCGGCAACCCGCCCCGCUUAGCAAGCAUUCCUGCCUCAUCAACCUCGCGGUUCCCUGUGGCGCAGGAGAGCGAGGAGCUGAGCGAGAGCCCG